UUUGUAACUUAAAGCAAAAUUCCAAAAAUACACUAAUCUUUUAUUUUACUAUUUUUAAGAUGAGUACUAGACCACGUUCCUCCACUACAACUGAAGAAUAUCCCGCUGGCACCAGUUUCGCUCCUCGACCAAGAAAUUCUUCUCCAAGGCCCAGACUUUCACUUACACCCAACACAACAUUGGAAAUUGAAACAACAAAAUUAGAACCAACAAAUGAUUCUUUUGCUAAUAUUGAAAAAAUAAGAGUUGUGUUACCCCCAAAGUGCAAAAAUUUAAAAUCUUCUCAAAGGCGAUAUUCAACCGGACCGGAAGAAUUAAGUUGUCGAAGCCCUACAAUGACACGACUUCGUUGCGAUUCUACCGCCGCCGCUUAUCAUUACCACCAACCUGGAGAGGAUAUAAUCGAAUCAAACCCGGAAUAUGCCCGUAAAGCACCUAAAAAGCCGGUAGUUCAUAGAAGACAAAGUCGGGGUGACGACUGGGAAAAUUUUCCUGAGGAAGAGCAACAACAAGCACAGUCCCUCGGUGAUACAGAAGAUGAGUCUGUUUCUACAGAAAACUUGGGUGGGGAUUUUUAA